AUCUCCCCAUCUCCCCGUUUCUGACUCCUCAACCUUUUCCGCUUCCUUCUAUCACCCCUUCCCCGGGCCACUCAAUGUGGAGUGAUUGAAAACCAAUAAAAUUUUCUCUUCAUUCUCAAAAUUUCCCUCUCUUCCAUUCUUCUCCUCCCCUCUUCCUCAUCCCCCCAUUUCCCCUUCUUCGGCUCUUUAACCUUUUUCACUUCCUCCUAUCACCCCUUUUCGGGGGCCACUUCCGCCAAAACCCACGCCAGCACCACCGGUGCCCCGUCCCUGCAUCAUAGCCCGGUACUCUAAGUACUAUUUAUCGAGCCACCGUCGCAACCCAACGCUAGUCUUGACGAAUUUGUCGACGCAUCUGUUAGGCCUCACUCCAAAGUCUUUGCCUUGUGAUCGCCAUACUUUGUUGUCUCCUCUCGCGUUCCUAUCAUCUCUGGAUUUCCUUGCUCCAGCCCCGCUGUUAAGGAGUUACGACCUUGACAAAUAACAGUUUCCGAGUCCCCAACCUUCCGAUCCAUCAAUCAGCAACCGAACUACGAUCAUCGCCCCCACGAGGAGGCAGCGCCUUCAGACUGAGUGCGGGGAUCUUGGACUUCCUACUACGGGGUCAGUCGCACAGCUAAUCAAGCGUAUCAGAAAAUAUAAGGAAUCCCGGGAGACCCCGAUGUCAGACGAAGAGGAUCCAGAAUCUAUGGAUGAAGAGGAUCUAGAAUCUAUGGAUGAAAAGGAUCCAAUGUGUGAUGCUAUACUCGUCACACAAUCAAUGUUUGGCGGAGAUGACUACAUGAAGAUGCAAGCUAAAGUAACGUUCGAGGAGGAAUUAAAAAAGGAGCAACUGGAAGUUGAACAUGUGAGAGGAGAAGUUUAUGUCGGAAAUCGCCGCGGGCUUGAUCUCGCCGGUAUGAAGGCCAAGCUCAGUGCGCAUGAAAGCAAGAUCUGUUUUCUUGAGGCCUGUGUCCAGGACCUCAAAACCAAUGCCGAGGACCUCAAAAACAAUGUGAAAGCUCUGACAGGGCGCGUGUCCGUAUUGUCGAUUGCCGCAAAAGAAUAUAAAUGGGUGCGGCAGAGAUCCCUUAGCACCUUCAAGCGAGAUCAUCUACCGGACACGAUGGAGCAAUCGGACUACGACAUUAUCCGAACUGUUAACCAAAUCGUGCAUGAGGGAGAUGUUGUAGUGGACGCCUUCUUGUACGAGGAGGGGGGGAGGCGCGACACACACACAUUCGAGGAACUGUAUGGAUUACACCCGGCCAUUGUUAGAACUAUUGGUGAGUAGCCCUCGCUAUCUCAUGGGUACCAUAAGAACUUGGAUAAUCGAACCGUGUGCUAUGAAACCCAAAAUUCCCUUCUCUGGAAUAGGGAGAAAAAAAACGCAGCAAAAACACAGCCCCCUUCCCCUUGCUGAGAUAAAAAAAAAAUCUUAACCUUACUGAGAAAGGAAUUCCAAUGACAUAGCACACGGUUCAAUUAUUCAAGUUGCUAUGGUAUCUUAACUUAAGUAUUACAGCUAACUUCUCCAGAACACCCGGAAACAUUAAACAUCCUGAAUCUCCACGCGCAGGUCCGGGCACAUAAACAUAAAACAGGGACCGAAGAAUUUUUUCAGAAAUUCGCUGCAUUUAUCCAAGCGUUCAGUGAAUCCAGUAUGAACCCGAACUAUUUGACCAGCGAGCCCCGGAACGCAACUUGUAUCGCAUAUUGGGCAUUACAUAAUUGCCCAAAAUACAAGGACGGUGGGGGGUAGCGUUGCGAUGUGGGCGUCCUACGAGGGAGAU